AUGAUGGUGACACAAGACCACCAUGGAGACGAGGGGCAGCCUUACCCGUUUGCUACAAAUCUGUGCAACGUUCAUGUGGCUGGCCCUGGUGGCACGGCACUCUUUCGCUUCCAAGCGGCUGCGAUCACCUGGGGCAUACUGGUGAUAGCUGUUUGGCUUGGCUUUGUUGCCUUUGUCAGCCGCGAUUUGCUCAUCCUGGGAAAUCGCCCAGCUGUCACCCCACGACAGCUUUGUGAGGUGGUUGCAUGGGGCCGACACCGGCAGAUGCAGCUUAUUUGGACCAAAGUGGCUUGGAUUGCUUUCGCGUACCUACUUGGCACGUUUGGUGCAAUUUGGUAUGGGAUCAUGAUGGCCAAGUUCUUCCGCGCCUUUGACAGUGAGCGUGCCACCUUGUCGGACUACGUGGCCGUUUUGGAGAAUGUCCCGAAGCUACAGGGUAAGGACAAGGUUGAGGACAUACUCAAAGAGGCGGUCCAGGAAGCAGUUGGCGGCCGUGACAGUGACAUUGCCAAAGAGAUUGUGGCCGUGUCAGUCGGGUGGGACUUUCGAGAGCAUCGUGCGCAGGUGCGUCACUUCAUCGAUGAAGAGGUGAAGGCAUUCCACGAAAAGAAUGAUGAGCCACAGGAGAUCCCCGCCGGCACCGGGGAGGAGUUUGAUAGCUUCUGUGGAAGCAUCAACAAGCAUGUCCUGAACAAGUGGCACAUCCACUUGGAUGCUCAGGGUGAGGAGUUCACAGAAGAAGACCUCAAGAAGAACCUGGAGAACAUGGAGACUGCCCCAACCUCUUACGUGAUCUUCAUGACGGAAAGUGCCAGGGACAAAGCAGUCGAGUUGACGAAGGCUGCCGGGGUAAAAGUCAAUGAUACAACAUGCAGUUUGCGACCAGAGACCUAUGAACCGGAGGCGCUGUUCUGGCACAAUUUGCAAGUGACUCCCGAGCAGCGACGCUGGAAGUUCAUGGGCUCCAGUGUAAAUAUUUUCCUCACCUGCUUGGCAUGGACUGUUCUCCUUUACAUCCCAUAUGCCCACUACAUGUCGGCCUUUUCCUACGCGAAUGGGGACGAGCCAAGUGAACUGGCCGAGGGUGCCUUUGUUUCCCUGGUGGUCGGUGCACAAGUUGGUCUCUUUGUGGCCAGUAGUAUCGGAGCGGACUUCUGUCAAUGCCACUACGAGGACCAGAAGCACAGGAUUUACAUUAUUUUCUACAAUGCUGCCCUGAUCUUGAACCUGGUGCUUGACAUUUUGCUGCAAGGUUACUUAAGCUACUUGCAAAUGGUGGGUGUUGGCGCGCGUGUAGCUGAUGGUCGGCUUUUGGGAAGCCUCACGAGCUUACAGGAAAUUUUCGAGUCCUAUCCCAUGCAAAAGUCCGUUGGAAAACUAUUAUUCAAAUACUGUUGGCCAUGUACCUUUCUUGUACCAUUUGUCGCAGAGCCUUUCUUGGCACAGCUAGGUCCUUAUCACGUGGGCUCUCUGCUUUUGCGGAGUAAUGAGAGAAUUCGCGGGGAGAAUGCCGAACGUGCUCUGGAGCUGUCUGAAAUGGAGCAAGGCCGUUACGCCGACGUGAUUUUCAACCUGAUCCUGGUGGCAUGCAUUCCCUUCAUAGCUCCUGCCAAUCUUUCACCAGAAUCCCCAGACCCUUCGGCGACAAGUCGCCUAUGA